AUGUCUCUACCUCCUCCAUCCGAUCCCGCUGCUGCUGCUGCUGCCGCUGCGGCGCAAGCGGCUUUCCGUAGUUUUUCCACCGAAGCAUGGACCCUCCUCGCGGUUGCGAUUCUGGUGACCAGUAUCAGGAUGUACGCUCGGAUUGACGGCGUCGGAUUCAGAGGCCUUCAACCGGACGAUUACCUAGUGGUGGUUGGGGUGACAUUCUACACCAUUGAAACAGCUCUCGCAUACUCUGUCGGAAAUGUAGCCAAAGGUUUGGCCAACAAUGGCAUGACCGACGAACAGCGGGCAGCUCUAUCGCCUGACAAUCCAGAGUACCGACUAAGGAUUAUAGGCUCAAAAAUCCAGAUCUGCGGCUGGACGACCUAUGGGAUAUUGUUAUGGUCGCUGAAAGCGUCGCUACUGUUCGGCUUAAAGCGAAAAUAUCGGAUCCAAUUAUACAUUGGCUUUGGUUUCAUCGUCGUCAGCUGGGUCGCCGUGGUUCUGAACCUUUUCCUCGCAUGCCGUCCUUUCAACAAAUACUGGCAGAUAUAUCCAGAUCCCGGAAAUGUUUGCCAGCCAGCUGUUUCCAACCAGAUAAUUUGGGUUUAUCUCGGGUUCAAUAUCACCACGGAUAUGUACCUGCUGAGCAUACCGAUUCCUAUGCUGUGGCAAUCAAGUAUCAAGCCCAUGAAGAAAGUAGGAUUGACAGUCCUAUUUAGCGGAGGAUUGCUCGUCAUGGCUUGUGCCGUCGUGCGGGUUGUAAUGAUCGUGGUGGAUCCAGUCAAUGGUGCACAGUCGGCAGGGUCAUGGGCCGUCCGCGAAACUUUCAUUGCGGUAAUUACCACGAAUAUGCCAAUGGUCUUCCCGCUGAUGAGGUCCUGGUAUUCUACCGUCUUUGGUUCCCUAAUUACUUCACUCCGAUCGAACAAGACGACUGGUAACGAAGGAUCAAAAGACCUGCGCACAUUUGGUAGUAGUAGAAGAGGCCGCGGCCCUCCUACUGCAAACCCUAUCCCGAAUGCAACGUUCACCGAGAGCGAAGAGAGAAUUAUGGAGUACAAAAUGCAGGAUAUGACCAGCAAUCAAAGUAGAGGCAGCGGGAGAGAGGCGAAUUCAAUACAGCAGGCUAAUGGCACUGACAAAAUGAUUCAGAAAACUGUUGACUUCACCAUUUUAACUGAGAAUGGAUCUACAGAGGGCCGACGUACGUCUCUUGGCAAGGAUGAUAAUGAAGGGAGGCAUACCGGGUUCGACUUUUCCGGAGAAUCUGCGACAAGACAUUUCCAUACUGGCAUUCAUGACAACCAUGCCAACAUGCGGCGCUCUUAA